AUGAGUGAUGAACAUAAGUCUGUAGAUCCUUUGUUUGGUCAAUAUCGUGCAUUUCCUACUAGUGUGGGAGAAGAUGAUACUGAAGGUGAUAGUGAGGGAGUUCUGUCUUACUUAAGAUCAGUUAGAAGACAAGCCGAAGAAGAAGAUAUAGUAUACUUUGCACAUAGAGAUACAGAUAGAAACAGAGAUAAUACCGAAAUACAUGAAGUUAUUAUUAAUGAAGAUAAUAAUUCCAAAAAUAUUGAUCAUAUAAUCAAUCCCCAAUGGAGCGAAGACUUGAUAAAGAAAUUUACUAGUAUUAAACAACAAAUAAACUUAGUUAACACAUCUGUAGUUCAGAAUAAUAUCCAACCGAAUAUAAUUCCAGAAACUGCAGCUGAAUGUCGAAAGUACAUGCUUGAACAUGAUCCUCCAUCCAUUGACUACUUUUAUCAAGAGAUUGAUCGAGCUACUAUAUUCAAACAUUUAAUUUAUUAUACAAAAUGGCUUAGUAAGAAUACUAAUGAAUACCUCACUAAAUGGAUAUGGAUAUCAUUUCUACGAAUUGAUGAUGUGUUAGAAGCCAAUGAAUGUUCUAUAGUACGAGAUUUAGCUAAGAAGGCUUUAAAAAUCAUUAGUAAAGUACCACAACAUGAAUUGGAUGCCAAUACUAGUUUUACUAUUGAUAUGAUAUUGGCACUAGUUAGUCAGUACUAUGGACAAAAAGAUUUAUUAACUUAG